AUGGAUAUCCACAGUACAUGUCAGUGUAUGCGUCGUAAAAACCCUAAAGACCUUGUAUGUUUUUCUAAUGGUUGUGAUAAGCGCACUGUAUUUACAUUAAGUAAAAUGGCAUAUAAUGCUUGUAUUGACAUUCAGAAAAAAGAGUACAACAGAAUUAGAAACGCGCCGGAAGUGGACAUUCAGAACUGUUGUCGCAAAAUAUUGUAUGCCAUUAAAAGAGAUAUUGAUUUGCCAUAUGGUCCAAAUCAUGCAGAAUGUAUCUAUGCAUAUCGUGAAAAUUUUAAGGUUGCAUGUUUUGAAGCUGCCAGAGUUGGGCAUAUGGACUGUUUAAGAUUUGCCCAUGAAAAUGGAUUUAAGUGGACCACUAGGACAUCCAAGAACGCUGCAAAAAAUGGACAUCUUGACUGUUUAGAAUAUGCGUUUGAGCAUGGAUGUCCAUAUGGUGAUACCAUUUUAAAAUACUCUGCCAAAGGUGGACACUUAGAAUGUAUGGAGUACUUAUAUAAAACUGGAUGUAAAUUGACCAAUUUAGCAUGUUCUGCCGCUGCGGAAGGUGGUUUUUUAAAAUGUUUAAAAUUUGCUCAUGAAAUUGGAUGUCAUUGGGGAAUAAAGACAUGCACCAAAGCUGCGGCUGGUGGCUACUUGGAUUGUUUAAUAUAUGCACACUUGAAUGGAUGUAUCUUAACCGUGAAAACAUGUGCUGCAGCAGCAAGAGGUGGACAUUUGAAAAGUUUAAAAUAUGCACACCGAAAUAGAUGUAUAUGGAAUGAAGAAACAACUAAUAAUGCUGCUCUUGGAGGACAUUUUAAGUGUCUAGUAUAUGCACAAAAACACGGAUGUCCGCUGGGUUUAAAUAUUUUGGAAAAGGCUGCAAUAGGUGGAAGUUUGGACUGUAUGAAAUACUUAUAUGGAUUAGGAUGCCAGAUAGGAAGAUUAACAUGUGCCACUCCUGCAAAAUAUGGGAACUUAGCAUGUUUAAAAUAUUGCUGUAAAAUUGGAUGUGAAUGGGGAAUAAAUGUGUGCUCCAAAGCUGCAGCUAAUGGCCACUUAGCAUGUCUCAUCUAUGCCCAUGAAAAUGGUUGUAUUAUAACCUCUUCCACGUACACGGCCGCUGAGCGAGAUGGAUAUUUUAAUUUAGAUUGUUUAGAGUAUUGUCGAAAGUUUGUAGAUUGGGGAGAGUGCAAUGAAGCGUAA